UCCUGCGUCGAGAACCAGCCACUCGGCAAGAUACAAGGAGGCUUUAGAGAGAGAAAGUUAGGGAGAGAGAGAGAGAGAGAGAGAGAGGGGCAUGGAGAGUGCGAUAUGUGGGAGACUAGCUCUCUCGCCAAGCACCGUCUUCAAUUCCAAACCAGGAGAGAAACAUUCACUCUAUAAAGGACCAUGUGGGAAUCAUGGAUUCGUCAUGUCCUUAUGUGCAUCCGCAGUUGGUAAAGGGGGCGGAUUGUUGGAUAAACCGGUCAUAGAGAAAACCACCCCUGGCCGUGAAUCCGAGUUUGAUUUGAGGAAAUCGAGGAAGAUGGCCCCGCCAUACCGAGUGAUACUACACAACGACAAUUUCAACAGGAGAGAAUACGUGGUGCAGGUCCUGAUGAAAGUGAUACCGGGAAUGACACUGGACAAUGCGGUGAACAUAAUGCAGGAAGCACAUCACAAUGGUUUGGCGGUGGUGAUCAUAUGCGCUCAAGCCGACGCAGAAGAACACUGUAUGCAGCUUCGGGGUAACGGUCUUCUCAGUUCCAUUGAGCCUGCAAGUGGUGGCGGCUGCUGAAACCUUCUUGGAAAUUUUCCCCAAGUCUCUUCUAUUAGUCGAAAUUGCCUUACAUGUAUAUAUAAAACAUAUCCUGUGUUAAGAAUUUUCGAACAGGGGGUUACUAGAUUGUCAGCUUUAUGCAAAUACGUUGUCUGUGGUUGUGACAGAUGAAUCAUAGGUUAUCCUGUUGUGUCAA